GCAACGCCGGCUCUACGGUAACACUCCGUUCACAAUAUACAGCGAAAAAAGUCGUGCGUACGGGCGAACGCCACAAAAUAAUUAAACACUCCCCGAAUAACACAACUAAACUAGUGCAAAACUAACCGUCAGUGAACGCCAAACGCCGAGUUUUUAAUAGAAUUAAACCGAAUCCGAGUAUGGAGCCUUUAAUUCAGCAAGCGGAGAAUUAAAAAGCAAAUCAAAGCUCCGAGGCGUUGGCCAAUGAGAAGAAAAGCGAAAAAAGAAACGAAGAAACGCAGUGGAAAAGAGAGACGCGAAACAAGAAAAAAUGCAUACAGCAGGAGUGGUGGUGAUUUUUUAAUCAAAGCUGGCAGGAAAACAAAAGUUGUGGGGUUACAAAUAGGAAUAAAAAAUAGGAUAAUAAAAAGAUACAAAUUAAAUUUCAAUUCCUGGGUAUAAAGAGCGAACGAAACAACUAACAUUCCAGUUAAGUGAACAUGUUUUUGGCCAGCAUAAAACCAUAAAAUCUGCCGAGCACAUUUUCCGCUCGUGAAAACUCGCACACAAACAUACACACACGCACCAUAUUAAAAUCGCGAGAAAGCCGCGUGAAAAACCAUGUCCAGCUGGGCAGAACGCGUCCAUAGGCGUGCCGCGGAUUUGGGCAACGUGGUGACCUCCUGCGGCCACCCCGCCACCGCCCCUGCCUAUCCGUAUCGCCUGGAAAAGGUCAAAUUCGGGGUGCCACUGGAAGAGGUCUGCAAGCACAACAACAUUCCCGGACCCCUGCUCGUCCUGAUCCUCAAGCUGAACAAGGAGUCACCGAAUCGGCGGGAUGUAUUUCGCGCCCCCGGACACCAGGGCAGCAUGAAGAAGCUCAUCCACUUCCUGCAGGCCGGUCGACUGGUCAACGUGGACAACUACUCGGUCUUCACAAUCGCCAGCGUUCUUAAGAAGUUUCUGCGCAAGAUCCCCAAUGGAAUAUUCGGGCGCAGCGGCGAAAUGGAGCUAUUCGCCAUCAACGAUCUGCAGAACGAAGCCGAGCAAACGGACCGACUGCACAGGCUCUUCGGUUCGCUGCCGAAAUACACACAGCAUCUAUUAGUUUUACUGUUCGGCACAUUCCGGGUUAUCGCGAGCAAUGCGGCCCACGCCUCCACCGGAAUGACCAGCGAGGCGCUGGGCGUGUCCGUGGCCCCCAGUUUCUUUCAAUCCUGCGUCAGCGAUGGCAAAACCGCUCGCAUGGAGGACGUGCUCAAGUUUAAGGUCUCUACAAAGAUCAUGCAGAAUAUAAUCGAUAAGUUUGCCACACACGACAUUUUUGGGCGUGAUAAUUACGAAUACUACGCCCGCGUCACUGGACGCAUUCUCAAGGUGCAGGACGAGUGGAUAUGCAGCUUUCAAUAUCCACCACCGCCACGUGGCAAGUUGGCUCAACAGAAAUACGCAUUGCAACAUUCUUUGGAGGCGGAGAAGACCUGGCUGCAGUGCCAAUGCGAGCGUUGGGGCUUACUGGCCCAGGAGGAGUCCCGCUCGACGCCCGCCCUGCUGACCAGUUCCAGCUCGGCGUUGGAGAACAGUGUGCUGUCGCUGGGCGUUUCGCCGGAGCACUCGUUCAUCGAGAGCUGUGCCCGCCUGUCCGUUUCGCUGGAGGGACCCGGCAUCUUCGCCAUGACCUCGUCCCCGUUGCCGGCGAAGAGAAACGGGAAUGGCAAUGGCAAUGGCAAUGCCACGGACUACGACUACGAUGACUACGCCGACGACGAUGAGGACAACGACGAGCUGGACGGAGUUCAAGACUUUGGUGCCGAGUUGGAGAUCAGCAGCAUAGCCCCGCCGCAGGGGAGUCGGGGCAUAUACCGCCACAAGCAGCGGUCCCAGCAGCCACAUCACUACCAGCAACAGCGGCAGGUGCAGCCACCGCAGCCGGAUUAUGCGGACGACGAUGACGAGGAUGAGGACGAGAUGACCUUUGUGAAGCGGCGCUAUCGACAGAACAAGAAGAAGCCGGUGCCGCCGAGCAGCAGUCAUCACCAGAGGCGGUUGCGUACAGGCACCAAGAGCCUGGACGGUGGAGGAGAGAGGCGUUCUGGUUCGGUAUCGGGAGCAGCAGGAUCAGUAUUAGCUCCCUCAGGACCAACAGCUGGCGAUCCGACGCCGCCUAAGCUCAAGCAGCGAACCUGCAGCCGCUGCAAUCGAGGUAUACGACACAGCAGCUCCUGCAGCUCCAACUCGGCUGGAGCAACGGGCUCCAACUGCGCCGGCGGAGGCAGUGGAGGAUCGGGAGGCGGAAAUGGAGGAGGAGCCGAGGGCGGCAUGACCAUGGAGGAGCUGAGGGCCGUCAACCGAUAUGCGGAGAGCACCAAGAGCCUCUCGUAUCUGCCACAGGUCCAUGAACGCCAAACCGCACGAAUGCGCACUCGCUCCGAAUGGUUCCUGGGUCCCCGGGAUGCGGUGGUCACGUUGCAAUUGCCGGCGGACACGUGCAGCAAUUGCUGCCUGGCCGCUGCCGCAGGAUAUUUGGGCGGCGGCAGCACCAGGGACAUGCGGCAGGCUCAAACGGAAGGCGAACGGAAUCAGGCGGCGUUGCUCUACCACUUUUAUCGCAGGCAGCAGCAGCAGCAACAACAGCAGGAACAGGAGCAACACUUUGACGACAUGAUGGACACCGAGGACAGCUACGGACAGCAGAAGGAGCAACAGCAGCAGCAACAGCAACAGAUACAUUCCAAGGGUCUCUUAAGGCCACCGCCCAUGCAACAUCAGCAGCAACAGCAGCAACGUCGCCUGCUGCUGGACGUCAAUUCGGUUGGCAACAUCCGUUUGAGUAACAGCGCCGAGUCCAUUCAGUAUGCAGCCCGACGACCGGUCGCCAGUCUUGGCCUCAACUCCGGCCUUGGAGGCGUCACCACCACCACCCACAAUCCCACCACCCGGCGGCUGCUCAUCAAUGUGCCCCGCCAGUAUCGAUCCUCGCUGCGGCGGAACAAGGAGAAGCAGAUCGGCGGCAAUAGUCAGAGCAACAGUAGCAAUAGCCUGGGCAGUGAUCAGUUGACCGGGAAUCCUGGAGCAGCUGGAGGAUCGGCCGUCGGUGUUUCCGUGCUGAACAAACCCCUGCUUAUGGUGGGUCUACUACCAGGUGCCGAGCAGCCUCCGUCGGUGCGGAAUUCCAUUGCCGAGUGUGGCAUCUCAACGCCCGAUGCAAUGGAUGUGGGUGUGGAGUGCAGCACCACGCUGAGCUUCAAGCCGCCGCGGCUGUAACAAGGACCACAACCACUUGAAUAGAAAGCUGAGGAUGCACAGGACUUCUCGGAAAAUAACUAUCUUAAGAUCUAACCAUUUUUAACAGAAAACCAUUUUUAAAUACGUACACUUUCAACACAAACAAACACACAGAAAAACGUGGGUAUCAAAACGAUCUCUGGAGAAUUAAGGUAAUUAUCAGUUAAAAUAAGAAUAAAACUGGUUGGAGCUGCAGUAACUUUGCAGAAUAUUUAAGACGAUUAGAUAUUAAUGCAGCGCUGCACCGAUUACAACCAGCUUUAUCUUACAAUAACCACUAUUAUUGUUAGAUCUCUAGAGAUUGCCGUGACAACCCAAAAAACAUCAUAUAUUAGGUUAUGGUAAAUAUAUGUAUUUAAUGUGUAUAGCAAGAAAAGGCUGAUUUUCUUUAGUUAAACAAACAAAACAUGAAAAAACUUGAAAAACGAACGAAUGAAAGGAAAAAAUUUACAACUGAAACUAACUACAUGUAUAACGCAACAAAUUGCCAAAUUUUAGUCAGCAUUCUUUUCAUUGUGUGAAUUAAGUUGAUUUUAAUUUUUGUUUUAGCCAAGAAUCUCUCAAACUUGAACAUUGUCAAGAUAAAAAUAAACGAAAUUUUCACCUGAUCGCAAACCGAAACAACGAUACAAAAAGCAAGAAUUUCUUAGCUCUGUAACAUCUGAACAAUCCAACAAAUCGAUUUCAAGGCCGACUCUCUGUCUUUAUAAGAACCAUUAUUAAUGUUACUUCUAAGCUAUCCAAAUUUAAACUAUUGAAAGGAGUCCCUUAAAUGCAAUCAUAGACGCAAACUAACAAUUACAGAUUUACAUUCAUUUUUGAUACAGACAAGUACAAAAGCAAAACUUAACAGAAACCAAUCGAAAAUAUCUAAUAUAAAUUCUACAUUAUUCUUACAAAGAUUAAAAAGAAAUCGUAGCAUUUAAUAUAUAGUUAAGCGUUUUCAAAUUAUACUUGUAUUUGCGAAAGGAAAUCAAUUUCUAAUGCGGAUGUUAAUUCAACGAUGUUAUUGUUAAUAGUGCUAUGUGUACAUAUAUUCGUGUAUGCCUAUGUGUCCAAAAUAUAUCUUAUAUGUAUAUUUACUACACGAUAUGCAAAAGCAGCCCUUCCCGCGGGGAAUCAGAACUAACAAAAGAACGCGAAAACAAACGAGGUAAUUCCAAUUUAUUUAGCAAAUCCUGUACGACUAGUUUUAGAUAGUUCCAAUCCAAGCAUAAGGUCUGCGGGAGGUCCCAUUGGACCAACAGCAGAUCUUUUUCCACUGCCCCGUCACUAACAAAAGUUCUGGUUCCCCAUCACCCCAGACUUGGAGAUUUUUCAGUCUAAAUUGAAAAAUUCUUUGCGAAGUUAGAGAAAGAAACAAUUUCCUCGCUGUGUUUUGCCACAUUUGGUGUGUUUGUUAAAUUGAAUUUACAUAUUUAAUCUAAAUGUUAGCUAAGGAAAUAAAAGAAGUGUAAAACAAUACCACUUAUUUGGCCAUUUCAUACGUAGUAUGAAGCGCAUCCAUUAAAUAUAAAAUGUUAGUACAUAAAUCUCUGAAUGUUGCCCAGAACGUAGGAAUGAAAAAUCCAAGAAACACCAAUUUGUUGAUAUAAAAACAAAAUACUUUAUUGUAUCGACAUCAUUUUUAUUGCUGUAUAUGGUAGGCUAUAAGCUAUAAAAUAUAUAAUUGUAUAAAUCUUACAGAGUACGAGUUCGAGUGAAGUACAUUCAUUAGCCACUAAAUACUAUUAUAUAAAUAUAAAUCGUAUUGUAAAUGAUGACGGAAAGGUAAUAUAUGUACGCUAUUUUUAGUGA